AUGGCCGCCGCCGCGCCCCCCGGCGCCCUGCGCGGGGCGCCCCGCCUGCUGCUGGCCCUCGCGGUCUUCAGUUUUGCAUGUGAAGCCUGCGAAAAGGUGAUAUUCCAUACGCCUUCCACACUAGAGGCAGAAAGACUGGUGGGCAGAGUGAACUUGGUGGAGUGCCUCAGGUCUGCCGACCGCGUCCAGUCCAGCGAUCCUGCCUUCAGAGUUUUCCGGGACGGCUCUGUCUACACGGCCAGCUCCGUGGUGGUAGUCGAUGGGAGGGCCUUCACCAUCUGGCUCAGCGACACGAGGACACAGGCCCAGGAGCAGAUCACUGUGGUCCUGCAGCCUCAGAAGAAGGGCCUGAGGAAAAGACACGCUAGAGAAACGGUGCUGAGGCGAGCCAAGAGGCGGUGGGCGCCUAUCCCCUGCUCCAUGCAAGAGAACUCCCUGGGCCCGUUCCCUCUGUUUCUUCAGCAGGUUCAGUCCGAUGCAGCCCAGAACUAUACCAUCUUCUACACAAUCAGUGGACAUGGCGUUGACCAAGAACCUUUAAACUUGUUUUUCAUAGAAAAAGACACUGGAAAUCUGUAUUGUACCCGGCCAGUGGAUAGGGAAGAAUAUGAUGUUUUUGAUCUGAUUGCCUAUGCGACCACCGCAGACGGGUACUCAGCUGACUUACCUCUUCCGCUGCCCAUCCGAGUGGAGGAUGAGAAUGACAACCACCCCGUUUUCACAGAGCAAGUUUAUAGCUUUGAAGUUCCAGAAAGCACAAAACUGGGCACUUCUGUGGGGCAGGUUUCUGCCACAGACCGGGACGAGCCGGACACCAUGCACACACGCCUGAGGUACAGCAUCCUGUCGCAGACGCCCCGCUCCCCCGGGCUCUUCGCUGUGCACCCCAGCACCGGCAUCCUCACCCUGGUGGCCCAGAAUCUGGACCGAGAGGUUGUUGACAAGUAUGAAUUGAUAAUGAAAGUACAAGACAUGGAUGGCCAAUUUUUUGGAUUGGUGGGUACAUCGACUUGUAGUAUAAUAGUAGCAGAUUCAAAUGACAAUCCACCUGUUUUCAGACAAAAUGCUUAUGAAGUAUCAGUAGAGGAAAAUACAUACAACGUGGAAAUCUUACGACUGUCUGUGGAAGAUAAGGAUUUAAAGAACAGUGCCAAUUGGAGAGCCAAUUUUACCAUUUUAAAGGGCAAUGAAAACGGGAAUUUCAAAAUCAGCACAGACAAGGACACUAACGAAGGCGUUCUGUGUGUUGUCAAGCCCCUGGAUUAUGAGGAAAACCGGAAAGUGGUCCUGGAAAUUGGGGUGGCCAACGAAGCCCCUUUCACCAGAGACCUGGCGCUCAGGACGCCCGCGAACAGAGCGGAGGUCACGGUCCACGUGCAGAACCAGGACGAGGGGCCCGAGUGCAAGCCCGCCGCCCAGCACGUGCGGAUCCGGGAGAACGCGGCCGUGGGGUCCAGGAUGAACGGCUACAAGGCCUACGACCCCGAGACCAAGAGCAGCAGCGGCAUAAGGUACAAAAAGCUGCACGAUCCCAACGGGUGGAUCUCCAUUGAUGAGAUUUCGGGGUCCAUCCAGACCUCCAAAAUUCUGGACAGGGAGACCUCCGCCCCCAGGAAUGAGCUGUACAACGUCACAGUCCUGGCCAUAGACCAAGAUAACAAAUCGUGCACUGGAACGCUUGUGGUGAGCAUCGAAGAUGUGAAUGACAACGCGCCAGAAAUACGCCCAGAUUACGUGACAAUCUGCAAGCCGAAGAUGGGGUACACGGACAUUUCAGCUUUUGACGCCGACGAACCUAUCCAUGGCGCCCCGUUUUACUUCAGCCUGGCAAACCCGACUCCAGAAGUCAACAAAAUAUGGACCCUCUCCAAAGUUAACGAUACAGCUGCCCGUCUUUCCUAUCAGAAGAAUGCCGAGGCGAAGGAAUAUUAUAUCCCCGUGACGGUGAGAGACAGAGCAGGGCAGUCUGCCACCAAAACCUUGCGAGUGAACCUGUGCGACUGCACACACCCCAGCCAGUGUCAGAUGACAGCGAGGAGCGCGGGGGCGUCGCUCGGGAAGUGGGCCAUCCUGGCCAUCCUGCUGGGCCUGGCGCUGCUUUCCUCCGUACUGCUGACGUUAGUGUGCGGCGUCGUCGGGGCCAGGAAGAAGAAAGGUUUCCCUGAGGACCUGGCGCAGCAAAAUCUCAUUAUUUCCAACACCGAGGCUCCUGGCGAUGACAAGGUGUGUUCUGCCAAUGGGUUUAUGACCCAGACAGUCAACCACUCCAACCAUGGCUUCUGUGGCACCAUGGGUCCGGGCAUGAAAAACGGGGGGCUGGAAACCAUUGAGAUGGUGAAAGGCGGACACCAUACCCUGGACUCCUGCCGCGGCCACCACCACACGCUGGACUCCCGGGUAGGACACGGGGACAUGGACACCUCCAGAUACACGUACUCUGAGUGGCACAGCUUCACGCAGCCCCGCCUGCGCGAGAAGCUGCACCUGUACAACCAGAACGAAGACCACCUCUCCUCGCAGGACUACGUGCUCAGCUACCACUACGAGGGCCGGGGGUCCCCGGGGGGCUCGGUGGGCUGCUGCAGCGACAAGCAGGACGAGGAGGGCCUGGACUUCCUCAACCAGCUGGGAUCUAAGUUCACCGCCUUGGCCGAAGCAUGCACCAAGAGAUAA